AAGGGUUGGAAAAAGAAACCAGUGAGUGGCUAGGACCACCUACUCCGCCGUUUUGCCUCGGAAAAGCCUGGCCGGCGGCCGGCAGGUGGAAGUCUGGAGAAAUGGGAGGAAAAGAGGGGAGGUGGCUGUCCACAACUGAAAACUACACAUCCCAGCACGCCCCGCGGCAAACGACUACGGGUCCCAGCAGGUUCGCGGGGUGGAUCGAAGAGGGGUCUCUUGGGCCCUGUAGCCGGCGUUCAGCCAGAGGGGGCGCCGGGCGUACCGAGGUAGCGGGGAGAAGCGGGUCGAGCUUUAACGGCGCUGCGCAGACGCCACUCACGGGCCGGACGUGACGCAGGGAAAGUUCCGGCUUCGGCCUCCGCCGCUGCCGCCGCCGCUACUACAGCCGCUGCCGCUGCUGUUGCCGCGGCUUGUUAUUCCUAAAAUGGCGCCGCUAGACCUGGACAAGUAUGUGGAGAUAGCGCGGCUGUGCAAGUACCUGCCAGAGAACGACCUGAAGCGGCUAUGUGACUAUGUUUGUGACCUCCUCUUAGAAGAGUCAAAUGUUCAGCCAGUAUCAACACCAGUAACAGUGUGUGGAGAUAUACAUGGACAGUUUUAUGACCUUUGUGAACUGUUCAGAACUGGAGGUCAGGUUCCUGACACAAACUACAUAUUUAUGGGUGAUUUCGUAGACAGAGGUUACUAUAGUUUGGAGACCUUCACUUACCUUCUUGCAUUAAAGGCUAAAUGGCCUGAUCGUAUUACACUUUUGCGAGGAAAUCAUGAGAGUAGACAGAUAACACAGGUCUAUGGAUUUUAUGAUGAGUGCCAAACCAAAUAUGGAAAUGCUAAUGCCUGGAGAUACUGUACCAAAGUUUUUGACAUGCUCACAGUAGCAGCUUUAAUAGAUGAGCAGAUUUUGUGUGUCCAUGGUGGUUUAUCUCCUGAUAUCAAAACACUGGAUCAAAUUCGAACCAUUGAACGGAAUCAGGAAAUUCCUCAUAAAGGAGCAUUUUGUGAUCUGGUUUGGUCAGAUCCUGAAGAUGUGGAUACUUGGGCUAUCAGUCCGCGAGGAGCAGGUUGGCUUUUUGGAGCAAAGGUCACAAAUGAGUUUGUUCAUAUCAACAACUUAAAACUCAUCUGCAGAGCACAUCAACUAGUGCACGAAGGCUAUAAAUUUAUGUUUGAUGAGAAGCUGGUGACAGUAUGGUCUGCUCCUAAUUACUGCUAUCGUUGUGGAAAUAUUGCUUCGAUCAUGGUCUUCAAAGAUGUAAAUACAAGAGAACCAAAGUUAUUCCGGGCAGUUCCAGAUUCAGAACGUGUUAUUCCUCCCAGAACGACAACGCCGUAUUUCCUUUGAGGCCUUCGCCCAUCCUGCUGACCCAUUUUUCUGCCCUCUUCUUACCCCAAUUUUCUUGUAUUACCCUCUACAAUAUACUUUUUAUUGAGCACUUUGCUGCUGAAAUGCUGCCUCUUGCCUUUUUUUUUUUUUUUUAAAUUUUAAAUUAUCUAAAUUUAUUGUUUGUUGUGGUGUCUAUAGCAAAGUUUUUCUAUCAAUUUUCCCCCCAUCCCAUCCCCACCCUGGACUCAUUUGAGAAGACUUGAGAAAUGUCUUCAUACUCACACUGCUGCAUGUAGCUCUUGCUUAUUUACUGGUCUGGGAAACAGGAUGUGUUUCCUUUUUUUAAAAGCCAAUUGACAAAUUACACCUAAAUACUCCUCCUUUUUGUAUCAUUCAGCCUUUUGUUUUAGUUUGGUAAGUUUUAAGAAAUUUCAGCAGCAAAGUUGUUAUUCCGUGGGCACGAUGGACUCCAAAUGCCUCAAAUUAUGUAUACCUGUCCCAGAUGUAAACUUCAUUGUCCUUUGUUGGAUGAUAUUUUAAAUGGAUAUAAAAUAAAUUGGUCUAAAGGGCUGCCCUCCUUGUUGUGUUUUUAAAUUUUAGUUAAAAACUGCUACAGCUUAUGACUUUGUACAUUAAGAUAAUUGUAUUGAUCUUUUUUCAGAUUCCUUGUAUUUUUAAUAAAGUAAUCUUAAAUAAAAGAUAGGUUAAGUGUUAGAAAUUUUAAACAGCUUACAUUGUUAGUGUAAAGUUAUCUUUUCUUUUUUCCUAAUCAGAGUUCUUGACCCUUUGGUUAUUGAGUUUAAAACUUCAAUUGAAAUUCAAUAGUAUUUAUUUUUUAAAAAAAUCACUAAACUGUGCCUAAAGAACAUAACUGCCAUAUUAAUGUUUUGGUUUAUAUCCUCUAUAGUAAUAGAAAAACAUUUAAUACUUGUAAUGCUGAUGUGUUAAUUUGAUACCAGUUGAGUAGAAUGUGAUCAAUCCAGUUUACAAUCCAUCAUGAGUAUUAUUAACUAAAAUCUAUGUACUUUUCAAUAGGAAUCAUUCUUCUCUUGCUGUAACACUUGACCUUAACUUUUAGAAAGUGUUCAUUUUUAAACUGCAACUGGAAAGGCUGAAAAGUCAGGACUCUUGUAUUUGUGAACUGUAAUCUGAAGCAGAUUAUUUAAAGCGUAGAAAAAGGAACAAGUUGUUCUUUUUUGCAAAGAUCUGUGAUUCCAUAUUUCAGCUUUGUGUAAGUAAUUUGAAUAUCCAAAGGGUUGUGAUGAUCAGUUCUUAAUAUGCAACCGUCCACUUAAUAAGGACAAGUAUUCCAGUAUCUCUUAUGACUGUAGUCAUAAAUGAUGUUGGAAUGCACCAUUUUGUGAAAUAGUUGGUAUCCCUUUACUAUAAUUAAUUUUUGUCAAUCCAGGAAAUAUUUGUGGAGCCAGCCAAUUAAUAAAGCACUUUAGCAUCUGUUCAGGUAGUUUUGAAAACCAACUUUUCCCCUUCAGGAUAAGAACUUCCAGGUUACCUAAAAAUGCAAUAAAAAUCUUUAUAGUCUAAGCUUCUUGGCAAAUAAUUUUUCAUCAGGGUUUUCUUUUACUAAAUGAGCACAAUACUGUUUUGAUUUUAUUUUUUUCCCUGAAACCACCAGCUCCUUACAUAGUUUUUAAUUAUAUAGCUAUAUGAAAGAGGUGGCUAAGACAUUUGCUGCACACACUUGAACUAAUGUUGGGUCAGUAACUUCGUGUUACUGCCCUGACACCAGUGUAAUUCAGGUGGAAAGGUAUUUUUAUCUUACAGGGAUAUGUAGCUAUGUAUUUUACUAAUUGUGAAACACUGGAAAUUAAUGAUGCAGACAACUUGGUGUGGUCUUUGAACAGCUCUCUGCAGUAUUUUUUUUUUUUUUUUUCCUGUUACCAUAUAUUGUAUUUAAGUGCUCGCUUUCUACUUAAGUUGUACCAAUAGAACCGGUAACUCCCAGCCCUCCCUGUUUGACACUCCUUAGCUUAGAUUGAUGUAGUUGUUUUUGUUAUCCCUAUAAUGUGACUUUUAUUUUUAAGUCAUUGUGUACUGCAUUUGUUUGUCACUAGUUGGGCACGUGCCAAUAAUAUUCUCUCCAUUCCUUAACUGCCAUCUCUGUUUUGCCUGAUUUCUCUUCAACUGAAUAAUGGCUUUUUGCAUGGAAAAAAUAGUUUUUACUAUUAGAUGUGUAAAGGGAAGAGAGAGCUAAUGUAUUGGACUUUGUGAGCCUACAAGGAAUAUUUUGGAUCCCUCCAAUAAAUAAGGGCUAUGUACUAUAUGUACUAUAUAGAGUAAUCAUGUGGUGGAAGAUACUUGCAAGUCAUAGAUUUAUGGGCAGGAGGAUUUGUUACUCCCUGUAUCUAGGCUGAAUGUAAAAUCCCUUAUGUUGUAUCAAUGGGGGUAAGAACUAUUUUUAUUUGCCUAUGAUAUACUUGGUUUCUAAUAAAGUGCCCUAGGCUCUAGUGAGAACUGUCUACUUUGAAUUGCCAUUUACUCCCUUUCCUCAUUUGGCCGAUAUGCUCUUGGCUAGCUUUUUAUAAGUUAAUGUGUUUCCCUAAAAAGUUUCACUACUUUAUUUGAGUGUGAUCCUAAAAUGCCUGGAUCAAUAGUACAUCUCAUAUGCAACUUGCAUCAGCUCCUAUUCUGUCUGGAUGUCUAGAACUGUUGGAAAAUUUUGACGUCUUAAGCCCUAGGUUUUGCUUUGGGAAAUAAGGUUUGAAAUAUUGUUCACUGCAUUAAGAUUUGUGUGUGUUUGCUUUGUAAGCCCAGCACCAGGUUUUGGAAAAUGCCUGUACUGUGAAAGUAAAUCAGGACUCUUUCUGAGCCUCUUUCAUUGUCAGAAAUAGAAUCGCUUUCCAUCAGCUUCCAGGAAAUUGUGUAUCUGGAGUCGAAGAGAUUUAACAGCAAGAAUCCAGAUUUUUAAAUGUAAUUGUUUUUUAAAUGCUAAUGUUUGUAAAGCACCUUCAGUUCUUCGGAUGAAAGGUGCUAUAUUCCCUCAGUGUAAAUUAAUAAAAAGAUUAUAGGAAGUUUGUCAAAAAA